ACCCAAAUCCCUCCCAACCUCUUAGCGAACAAGACACCCGAGUCUCUCGCAGCCCCAUAUAUUGUACCAUCAAGCCGCGGCCACUCACCAGUCGCAAGUACCCGCGUAAACCCAGCUUUUGCCCAGGGGCCCUAUUUUUCUCUUUGAUCUUUCCCCCAUCCACCGUCAAAUCAUCAUCGCUGUUUUUUGACUCAUAAAAAAAUCCCGGAUAACUUACUUGCUCUACCUCACACCGCCCGUGAAUCUUCUACUCUUCUUCCCUUUCUCCAUCAUCAAACAUACCCUCGACUCGAACUCAUCUCUACGAGUACGAUUAUUUCUGUGUCACUCCCGGUUCUUCAUACCUCUCUACACCGACCUACACUCCUCACACACAUCAUGUGCCCCUCAGCAGACGACACACCCACCAACGGUGUCAACGGACACUCGAACGGUGUAAAUGGCCACGCGAACGUUAACGGUAACCGCGAUGGUUAUACCGGAAUCCAAACGAGAGCGAACCCCGGCCCUCUGAAUUCCCGAAACCCAUACCUCCCCGUUGGUGACUUUCUCAGCAACAUCAACAAGUUCCAGAUCAUCGAAAGCACGCUAAGAGAAGGAGAACAAUUUGCCAACGCCUACUUCGACACUGCUAAGAAGGUUGAGAUUGCAAAGGCACUCGAUGAGUUUGGAGCCGAUUACAUCGAACUCACCUCCCCAGCCGCCUCGGAGCAGUCUCGCAAGGAUUGCGAGGCCAUCUGCAAGCUCGGUUUGAAGAGAUCCAAGAUCCUGACACACAUUCGAUGCCACAUGGACGAUGCCAGAAUAGCGGUCGAGACUGGUGUUGACGGUGUGGAUGUUGUUAUUGGAACAUCCUCAUUUCUGAGAGAGCAUUCCCAUGGAAAGGACAUGACUUAUAUCAAGAACACCGCAAUCGAGGUCAUCGAGUUCGUCAAGAGCAAGGGUAUUGAAAUUCGAUUCUCCAGUGAAGAUUCCUUCCGAUCUGAUCUGGUCGACCUUCUUUCUCUCUACCAGGCUGUCGACAAGGUCGGCGUGAACAGAGUUGGUAUCGCAGACACUGUCGGUUGCGCUUCACCACGUCAAGUCUACGACCUCGUCCGUACUCUCAGGGGUGUUGUCAGCUGUGACAUCGAAUGCCAUUUCCACAACGAUACCGGAUGCGCUAUUGCGAACGCUUACUGCGCUUUGGAGGCUGGUGCCACCCAUAUUGAUACCUCGGUUCUUGGUAUCGGUGAGCGAAAUGGUAUCACCACUCUUGGUGGUCUGAUGGCCCGAAUGAUCACCGCCGACCGAGACUACGUCAAGGGCAAGUAUAACUUGGAGAAGAUCAAGGAUAUUGAGGAGUUGGUUGCGGAAGCUGUUGCUGUCAACAUUCCUUUCAACAACCCCAUCACUGGAUUCUGUGCCUUCACCCACAAGGCUGGCAUUCACGCCAAGGCUAUCCUCGCCAACCCAAGCACAUACGAGAUCAUCGACCCGUCCGACUUUGGUAUCGGAAGAUACAUCCACUUUGCCUCCCGAUUGACCGGCUGGAAUGCCAUUAAGUCGCGAGCACAGCAACUCAACAUUGAAAUGACCGAUGCACAAUACAAGGAAGUCACCGCCGCCAUCAAGAGACUGGCCGAUAUUCGACCAAUUGCGAUUGACGACGCCGACUCGAUCAUCCACGCCUACCACCGCGCCUUGAUGGCAGGCAAGAAGAAUCCAGGAAACGAGGUCGAACUUCCUAACAUGACCGAGAAGGAGAAGAAGCUCCUGGCUGAAAAGCAACAGCAAGAGGAAUCGAUACCCGAGAAGAGACAACUAGACGAGACUGUUGCGGAUGAGGUCUCUGAGGGACGUGCCGCCAAGAGGACCAGAACGAAUGGUGUCACCGCCUAGAGGAUGACGCAGCAUGAUCUUUUUUCCUAUGAUAUUCCACGGCUCUGGAGAAGUAAAAAUCUGGGGUUAUUUUUCGGCGUCAUUGAGGCAUGGUCUAUCUCAGCAGUUAUGUAUAUAUCAACGAGCUUGUUAAAUGAGCUGAACGCGCGAGAGAUAGAGACCAGAAAAGGGGAAAAACAACCAAAAGUGGCAUUUUCUUCCUAGACGAGUGAGAGAUAAAGUGGCACAAUACAAGAUAAAAACCUUGAUACCAACAUAGCCUCGCAAAACAGUG